AUGCAUGAUGCAUGGUGGAUAGAGCUGUUUGGUUUAGGUAGUCGGGAAGAAGAGAACAAGGCAACCAGCUUCAUUAGCAAUUUGCAGCAUUGCCAAAUGGCAAUGGCAAUGGCCAUGGCCUCAUCCUCAAUGUUAUCAACAACUUGUUCUUUCAGUUUCCCUUCUAUCACUAUGUGCAUUUCCUCUUACAACCCUAACCGUUCUAGAAGACUAGCUCUCUUUCACCUUCUUUCUGGUCCUUUUGCUAUUCCACAGUCCCAAUCUCUGUUAUUUGGUGUAAAAGGUUCAGAAUUGUUUAGAGUAGGAGAGGCUAAUGCAGCAGAGAAUCUAAUUCAACCAGAGCAAAACUUGUUUGAAUGGGUCAAAAAUGACAAUAGAAGAUUCUUACAUGUUGUGUACCGUGUUGGGGACUUGGAUAAGACUAUAAAGUUUUACACGGAGUGCCUUGGCAUGAACCUGUUGAGAAAACGUGAUAUACCUGAAGAAAGAUACACAAAUGCUUUUCUUGGAUAUGGCCCUGAAGAUUCCAAUUUUACAGUUGAGCUUACCUACAAUUAUGGAGUGGACAAGUAUGACAUUGGAAAUGGGUUUGGUCAUUUGGGUGUUGUAGUUGAAGAUGCUGCCAAGGCAGUUGAUCUGAUAAAAGCAAAAGGUGGAAAGGUUAUCAAGGAACCAGGGCCUGUCAAAGGUGGCAGCACAGUAACUUCUUUCAUCCAAGAUCCUGAUGGUUAUGAAUUUGAGCUCUUGGAAAGAGGACUUACUUCCGAACCCCUAUGCCAAGUGUCACUUCGUGUAGGUGAUCUUGACCGUGCCAUAGUCUUCUAUCAGAAAGCUCUUGGCAUGCAACUUCUGCAUAGGAAAGACAAUCCUGAGCACAAGAAUACAGUUGCCACAAUGGGGUAUGGUCCUGAAGAUAAGAACACUGUUCUAGAACUUACAUAUAACUAUGGAAUCACUAAUUAUGACAAAGGAAAUGGCUAUGGACAGAUUGCAAUAGGCACAAAUGAUGUGUAUAAGAGUGCAGAAGCAAUCAAACUGUGUGGAGGCAAGAUUAUCCGUGAACCUGGGCCGCUGCCAGGUAUCAACACCAAGAUAGCAGUUUGCUUGGACCCUGAUGGUUGGAAAUUGGCUUUUGUUGAUAAUGCUGAUUUCCUGAAGGAAUUAGAGUGA